AUGCCCACAUACGAGGUCCCUACCACCAGUGACCACGAAGAAUCCGCAUCGAGCGCUGAACCAGAAAUUGUACACUCACCGGGGACCCCAAGCACUAUGAGCCAAGGGAAUGAUAGCGAUAACACGCACCAGCGUCCCCGACAGAUCCUGCCUGAUCCUGAGGUGUUUAGGGGAGAUAUUGCUUCCUAUCAGAACUUCAAACAUCUCCUGAAAGCGAAACUUCACGUUGACAGGAAAGCUCUGGGUGGUCCCUAUGAAUGCCUCUGGUAUGCUUAUGGACGAUUGUCUGGCAAUGCGGCUAGCCAUAUUCUCCCAUGGAUGAUUGCCAACGCCGAUUCUCCCACUGCGGUAAACGACGAUACAGUGACCAGACUCUUCGAACAUCUUGAUUUCAACUACAUGGACAAGGAACUCCAGAGGAAAGCAAUGUACAACCUCAGCACAUUGAAACAAGGCAGCAAAACCAUCAAUGAACUGCUCGCAACCUUUGACCGUUAUUUGAUGGAAGCCGGCCAACAGAAUCAGCCUGACAAUAUGAAGAUCUUUUGGUUGGAAAAUACCCUCAAUGACGAUAUAUUCAAUCGGCUUGUUAACGCUCCUACCUGCAAUACAUUUAGCGAAUACUGUGUUCAACUCCAGGGUAUCUAUGACAGGCACCAGAAAUACCAACAGCGCUCUGCAGAACACCGACGCACCCCUAAUCAACGAGCAGCCACACCUAUGUUUCCUCCUCUGGCAGCCCCUUCCACGGCUACUCCCACGCAGGCUGACCCCAUGGAGUGGGAGCCCACCAUUUCCCGUGCACGAAACCCCCAACGCAAACGGGCACGAUGGGUUAGUGGUAAAGAGAUUGAGCGCCGGAAACAGGAAGGAUGCUGUUUCCGAUGCGGCUCUGCUGGCCAUCAGAUUAGCCAGUGUCCCUUUCUUCCUGCACAACGUCCUGCAGCUAGAGUUGCUGAAUUCACUGCAGAAGAUGUUACAGAUGCUGUCCUGGAAGAUACUCAAGCCACACCAGUCCCUGAUGUACCUUCGGGAAAAGCCUAA